CCUGAAGGCACCCGGCAGCGGCGGAGGGAGCCCCGGCGGCGGCCCCGCGCAGAGCCUGGCCAUCUCCGUCGUGCCGGCCAAGGCGCCCAUCGCGAUGGUGACGGCGCACCUGAACGGCGGCGGCGGCGAGCCCCCGCAGAGCGCACCCAUCAACCUGCAGACCACGGCCGCCCGCCGUCAGCCCGAGCUCGGCUCCCGAGCCCAGACUUUGGGAACUAUCACUGCAGUGCCCAUUAAGGUUCCUCAGGUCAGCUCCUUGCAGAGGUUGGCAGGACAAGGACCAGCAGUGCUACCUCAGGUUAGGCCAAAGACCCUGAUUCCAGACAGCCUCCCUAUUUCCCCAUGCAGAGACCAACCAUCCAAGCAGCCUCCAACCUUCCAAAAGGCAACCGUUGUCAGCAUCAAAAACCCCAGCCCUGCCCUUCCCACUGCCAACAACACCGUCAGCCAUGUAGAGACGCCUAACAGCCAGGCACAGAGCGUCACUGAUCCUACCCCUCUCUCAUCACCUCUGAGUAGUGCCGGUGUGGCCUACGCCAUCAUCUCCACCUCCCCCAGCAAUGCAGCCCCUAUCAGCACCAGCGCUACUGUCUCUGUCGUCAAUGACAGCAUCAAAGUGCAACCACUCCUCAUCAGUGCCGACAGCAAGGUUAUCAUCAUUCAGCCUCAAGUCCAAACCCAGACAGAAAGUAAAGUGGAGACAAAGAAACCUCCUGAAGAGUCAGCUCAGGGACCCACUGCUACCAAAAAGAAAAGGGAGGAAAAUCCAGAGAAAAUUGCCUUCAUGGUAGCAUUAGGACUGGUUACCACAGAACAUUUGGAAGAAAUCCAGAGCAAACGUCAGGAAAGGAAGAGAAGAAGCACAGCAAAUCCAGCCUACAGUGGACUCUUGGAAACAGAGCGGAAACGUCUUGCGUCAAAUUUUUUGAAUAACCCCUUGUUCCUUUCAACAAGAGCAAAUGAGGAUCCAUUCUGGAAGAAUGAGAUCCACCAUGAUGAAUACUGCACUGCUUGCAAGCGUGGCAUUAACUUGCAGCCCUGUGGCACAUGUCCCAGGGCAUAUCACCUCAACUGCUUGGACCCACCCCUCAAAACUGCCCCCAAAGGGGUUUGGGUCUGUCCAAAGUGCCAACAGAAGGUGUUAAAGAAGGAUGAAAAUGUGCCAUGGACUGGAACUCUAGCUAUUGUUCACUCCUAUGUCACUCACAAAACAGUUAAAGAAGAGGAGAAACGAAAGUUAUUAAAGAGAAGCAGCGAGCUGAAGAGCGAGCACAGGCAGUUAGAAGAAAAAGAUCGACUUCUCAACAAUGCAGUGAAGAAAUGCUUAGAGCUAAAAAGCAGCCUGUUAGCCCAGCAGAAGGGGACUCAGUCAUCGCUGGAACGUCUCCGAACCCUCAUUAGACUGAUACAAAACGAGCAGAUGAUUCAGGUUACCAUGACGACCACCACCACCUCGUCCCUGCUCACCAUGCCAUGGAUCAAGCCCUCCUCAGCCUCCGCCACCAUGCACCAGGCCUUGCAGCACUCGCAGGGCCACAACUGACCGAGCUGCCAUGGGACAGCUGCGAAAGGGGGACAUAGUUUGCACCCAGGCAUGAGGAUAGAGGGGACAGACACAGAAGAAGGAAAGAGCGGUUUCGGGCUUUGUAUGCAUUGCAACUUGCAGUCCCAUCAGUCCCACUUGUAGUCGCUGUGGCGGCAGCUUCCCAGGGAGUGCAGCGCAUUGCAACGUUGUUUGCCGAGACCUUCAGUGCUUAUGAGAUUUUUUUUGUUAUGUUGGCCUUAAUGUACUUAUGGCAGGAUGAGCAGGAAGGAGCAUGGCCGAUAGAAAGGAAGUGGAAUAUCCUUUUAGUGGGGAGCAGGCAGUUUUGCAGUUCUGCUUUAAGGGGGGAAAUUAAAAUGCAAAGAGUUAGUGAGCUAGUGGGUAUGUAGUUGGGCUGAGAGCUGUUUGUGGGAGGGAAAUCGGUGACGUCAAAGGAAACUGAGCUACUUAGGACCUGAAAUGGAUUCUUUAUCAGAGGAACAAGGUUGGCCUCAUUGACUCCGGCAAGCUGAAGCUGGGGCCGCUUUGACCAGAAUGGACACUCACAGAGCCUUCGAAACAAAAGAUCUUUUUUUUUUUUUUUUUCAGUAUUAUUAAAGUUGAGAAUCGCAGAUAUUUAAAUAAAGAAACUGUAUGAAGUUAGCGUUUCUAGUAAAAUAUUGAAGUAUUUUCAUGCCGAUGCUUCUGUAUAUGCGUUCCGAAGUAUUUAAAGAAGUAUGACUGUAAAACUCCUUACUUUUUUGCAGGUCCUUUUUACUUAUUUUGCUAUUGGUGUAUUUUUCUCAUGGAGUUUUUUGUGCAAGAUUUAGCAUAAACCAUAAUAGUGGAUAUCUUUGGGAGAUGGGGUUUCAAUUUUUAAACUGAUUAUUUUGGGAUUUUUUUUUAGUAU